UCUCUGCUCCUCCCCGUUCUAGAGACAGCCGCAUCUUCUAGCGCAGUGCCAGCCUAGUCCCUGAGACACCAUGGUGAAGGUCGGAGUGAACGGAUUUGGCCGUAUCGGGCGCCUGGUUACCAGGGCUGCCUUCACCUCUGGCAAAGUGGAUAUUGUUGCAAUCAAUGACCCUUUCAUUGACCUCAACUACAUGGUCUACAUGUUCCAGUAUGAUUCCACCCAUGGCAAGUUCAAUGGUACAGUUAAGGCUGAGAAUGGGAAACUUGUCAUCAAUGGGAAGGCCAUCUCCAUCUUCCAGGAGCGAGAUCCCGCCAAUAUCAAAUGGGGUGAUGCUGGUGCUGAGUAUGUUGUGGAGUCUACUGGGGUCUUCACUACCAUGGAGAAGGCUGGGGCCCACUUGAAGGGUGGAGCCAAAAGGGUCAUCAUCUCUGCCCCUUCUGCUGAUGCCCCCAUGUUUGUGAUGGGUGUGAACCAUGAGAAAUAUGACAACUCCCUCAAGAUUGUCAGCAACGCCUCCUGCACCACCAACUGCUUAGCCCCCCUGGCCAAGGUUAUCCAUGACAACUUCGGCAUUGUUGAGGGACUCAUGACCACAGUUCAUGCCAUCACAGCUACCCAGAAGACUGUGGACGGCCCCUCUGGGAAACUAUGGCGUGAUGGACGUGGGGCUGCCCAGAACAUCAUCCCUGCAUCCACUGGGGCUGCCAAGGCUGUGGGCAAGGUCAUCCCAGAACUGAAUGGGAAACUCACUGGCAUGGCCUUCCGUGUUCCUACACCCAAUGUGUCUGUCGUGGAUCUGACCUGCCGCCUGGAGAAAGCUGCUAAGUAUGAUGACAUCAAGAAGGUGGUGAAGCAGGCAUCCGAGGGCCCCCUAAAGGGCAUCCUGGGCUAUACUGAGGACCAGGUCGUCUCCUGCGACUUCAACAGUGAUACCCACUCUUCUACUUUUGAUGCUGGAGCUGGCAUUGCCCUCAACGACCACUUUGUCAAGCUCAUUUCCUGGUAUGACAACGAAUUUGGCUACAGCAACAGGGUGGUGGACCUCAUGGUCCACAUGGCCUCCAAGGAGUAAGAAGCCCUAACAACCACUGACCCCAGCAAGAGGAAGGGAGAGACCCUCAGCUGGGGGGGGUCCCCUGCCCUAACUCAGCCCCGAACACUGAGCAUCUUCCUUCAGUUUCCAUCCUAGACCCCCUGAAGAAGGGGAGGGGCUUAGGGCACCCUACUCUCUUGAAUACCAUCAAUAAAGUUCACUGCACCCACCCAAAAAAAAAAAAA